ACGUUUGAUUCUAUUGUGCAAUAUGACACGCGCAGCGCAAAGGCGCGCGUGCGCCAACAUUUUCCCGCCAAACGCCGAUCGCGAACGGGCGCGCUCCUAUAAUCAAAUUAGAAAAAUAAAAAUAUCCUGACAAUAAAGCCAGGAUUUAUUUAUUAAAAGUAAAAAUAAGGUUUUUAAGGGGACGGUUUUUAUAAAAAAAAUGGAACAGUAGUUUUUUAAUCCUAUGUCAGAGUUUAUGGAACUUUGGCAGUAGGAUUUGGGAUAUGGUGUGAAUAUUGCUAAGUGGUGAGUGCGAGUGUUCCGGGAUGUGGUCAGCAUGUGGCAGACCCUGGGACUGGUGCUGCUGCUGAGUGAAGCUCUCGCGUUCAACUUUACUCUCGGCGUUUUCAGCGAUGUGGCAUUACCUCGAGAACCUGAAGUAGCUGAGAGCAACCUCGAAAAUGCUGCUCUAUUACGGAUGCAACUCCGCUACCCACAGCGCAAGUCGCAGGUGCGCAGACAGCGCGCCAUCCCGGCGUCCACGCCCUUCUUCUGCCAGGACUCAGUGCCCUAUGGGCGGAGCAAGCAGCGCCCCACCUCUGUCCACCGCCUGCGACCAGGGGACAUAGAUGUGGUGGCGGCCAUAGGAGACUCGCUGGUCGCAGGGAGCGGGGCGCUGGAAGAAUUCGCUCUCGGGGCUUUCGUGGAGUACAGAGGUGUUUCUUGGUGUGCAGGGGGCGACGGCACCUGGCGCGAGUUCCUGACGCUGCCAAACAUCCUGAAAGAGUUCAACCCGAACCUGAAGGGCUUCUCCACGGGCACCGGCGAGUGGCUCACCAGGAAUGCCAGGCUGAAUGUCGCGUUUCCCGUCGCUUCCGACCAGGACGCCUUCAAACAGGCCAAGAUCCUAGUGGCUCGCAUGCGUUCGUCAUCGGACAUCGAUAUCGCCCAGGACUGGAAGAUGAUCACCGUGUUUAUCGGGGCCAACGAUCUAUGUUCGGCCUCCUGUCUGUCUCCCGUGGCGUGGUCGCCCACCGCCCACGCCAGGAAGCUGGCCAAAGCUCUAGACUACUUCCACACGCAUCUGCCCAGGACGAUCAUCAACUUAGUACCGGUUUUAGACGUGUCAGUAUCAGUGCGCGUGCUGCGACCGCUGAUGUGUCGCAUGAUGCACUCCCUGUUCUGCACGUGCUUCCACCGCGGCGGCGGUGAGCUGGAAGACCUCGUCAGGAUGGCGCGCCUCUAUCAGAAAGCGGAGACUAUGUUGGUGGACAGUGGUCGCUACGACACGACGGAGGACUUCACAGUGGUCGUGCAGCCGUUCAUGCGCCUGUUCAACGCGCCACUGCCGCCCACGCGGCCGCUGUCACUCGUCAUCCACCAGUCAUACAUCACGCACGACUGCUUCCACUUCUCGCAGAAGGGGCAUGCUUUAGCGGCAAAUCUCCUGUGGAACAAUCUGCUGGAGCCCGUGGGCAACAAGACAGACAACAGCCCCCCUGUGCUCCUGCGUACAUUCCGGUGUCCCUCCAGGGAGGCUCCCUAUAUCUUCACCGCGAGGAACUCUAAGAACUACCUCCUUACAGGAGUCCAAGAUGGCGCACAGUUAUGACGUCAGACCUCUCCCCACGGGAGACAAGAUUUAAGUUUAAAUUGGGUUUGAGUGAGGUGAUCUGUUUGUUUUAACGCCUUUAAAUAUUUAUUAAAACCCCGUCGCAUUAACUUAUUUGACAUUUACUAAGAUUUUGUUAAUGCGACAUGGUUCUAAAACAUAAAAGUAACUAGUUUGGGUAUUAUGUUUGUGUUAUGGUAGACAACAGCUAUCCUGUGCUCUUCAAUAUAUUCCACUGUCUCUCCAGGGAGGCUCUUUACAUCUUCACCGCGAGGAACUCUAAUAACUACCUCUUUACGGGGAGCCAAGAUGGCGCGUAGUUUUGACGUCAUACCUCUCCAAAUUUGGUUUGUGUCAGAUGAUAAUGGGGCGGUUCUUUUAGGUUCAUAAAGCUUUUUGUUAUCUGCAAUAGGUUUACAGUUUACAAUAUUGUCGUUUUCAUCAGGACCUUUUUUUAAUGCGAAUAGCGUAGUAGGAAUGGCAAAUAGACGCGCGUGGCAUGUGACGGCCCACUUACUACGAUCUUAACACCUCACAAAAUGAUUGUGUUCUAUGAUAGACGCCAGAACUUUGUAAAGAGAUAAUUAAUGGUUGGUAAUUUUACGCGCAAUGUAAGUACGAUAAGCUGCAAAAGUCCAAUCAGUUUCUUGCAAAGUAAUAAAUUAACCGGUUACACUUAAGACCUCCUGGUUGCAUGUCGUUUCUGUAAUAGACCAAAAACACCUACAAAAACAUAAAUUUUAUAAUUUUGACAACUAAUGGUUCAUAAUUUCACCACUGUUUACAAAUAAUUCGCUGGGCUCAGUGACUGAACUUUUGCUCUUAGAUUGUACAGUCAUGAACAAUAUCAUAUACCCACUUUAGAACCCUGUUGCACUAACAUAUUUGACAUUUAAUGAGACUUACGGGUCAAUUUGUCGAAAAAGUUAAUGUGACAUGGUAUCAAAGUGUAUGCAUAUAGUACUCGUGACCGUACAUAAGCUACCUGUGUUACUUGUAAGGGGUUUUAACGUGUAAAACGAUAGUGUGAUCGUAUUUCGCCCACGCCUCACACAUGGUUCUUCCUAUAGGCUCUAAGGCUUUUCAAUCACUUUAUGAGAAUCCUUCAUCUAUAUGUGUUACCUACAAAACAAGAAAUAGAUAAGUACAACUAUUUAGUAAUAAAUAUUGUUGCUCAAAAUAUGUAUUUAAUAUUUUAACAUAGCUAUAGUGUAACGAACCAAAAAGCUUAUAAACUAAUUUUGAUUUGCGUUUUACGGGUAUCUGUAAAAUGAUUUAGUAUAAAAAAAGUUACCUAUAGAUAAACAUAUUUUUUUGUUUUGGUGUUAUGCGUGCCAUGAGAUUUUAUAUAAGUAUCGUUAUACUUUUUUCCAAAUUAAUUGUACAUUAACUACAUAUCACAUUUGAAAUAUUUGUUUUGCAAAAUGUUACCAUAUAUUAAAUGCAAAUAAAAUAAUACGGUGUCUUUUAUUAUUUUUUUCUACUCCUCUACUUUAAUCUGGCAUUUAAAUAACCAAAAAGUCUAAUAUAAGUACAUACAUAAUUAAA